AUGUCAUCCUCGCCGGUCCCCCUCCUUAAGCCGCCCGUGCCUGGCAACCGCGGUAAUAGCAAUGGUCCACGGCCUCCCAAACUCACCUUGGGAAUCCCCCCGUCACCGAAUGUUCGUCCCGUCACGGGCACCGGCGUCCCUGCCGCCGUCGCUCCUCCAGAGGUCCCUCAGCUCCAACGUCCAGCAACCCGCCCGGCCCCUCCCCAACUGCGCCUGAAAACCCCCAUGGGCAGCAACCAGAAUGUGCCACAGGUGAAGACUCGACCCGCUCCACCUCCGCUGGCGACCACCGGGUUGAACGAGCCGAACGCACAUUCGAGAUCCGGUAGCUUCACCUAUCUGGAAGGAAAGGCCAGCGGACCCGCCUCCGCAUCUUCCUCCAACUAUUCGGCUUUAUCGUUCGCUAUGGGCCUUCGACAACCCCAUGGCAGCACCCCGGAUCCAUCGUCAGCAAUCAGUUCCGUCUAUUCCGACCGGGAGAAUGGUGUGCAGAUGGAGCGGGACAACAGUGUCAACAGCCUGGUUCCGGAUUUAGACAAGCUGAGUCUAGAAAAAGGCAGGCCCCUGGAUGUGGACGAUCUGGAUGAUGAAGGCUGGCUUGCUGCUAGUGAGCAGAAGAAAAUCGUCGAGCUGGGUAGCUUGGGUGAGGGAGCUGGUGGUGCCGUCACUCGAUGCAAGCUUAAGGAGGGAAAGACUGUGUUCGCAUUGAAGAUCAUCACAACGGACCCGAACCCCGAUGUGAAAAAGCAGAUCGUUCGAGAACUCAACUUCAACAAAGACUGUGCCUCGGAGCACAUCUGUCGCUACUACGGUGCUUUUAUGGACAAAUCAACAGGUACUAUAUCUAUCGCUAUGGAAUUUUGCGAAGGUGGCAGUUUGGACAGCAUUUACAAGGAAGUCAAGAAGCUUGGAGGCCGAACGGGAGAGAAAGUCUUGGGCAAGGUUGCAGAGGGUGUCUUAAACGGCUUGACCUACCUUCACAGCCGAAAGAUCAUUCACCGAGAUAUCAAGCCUUCGAAUAUCCUCCUCUGUCGCAAUGGCCAGGUUAAACUCUGUGACUUUGGUGUUAGUGGCGAGUUUGGCACCAAAGGAGAUGCAAAUACGUUUAUUGGCACGUCGUAUUACAUGGCCCCGGAACGCAUCACCGGCCAAUCAUAUACAAUCAACUCUGAUGUCUGGUCCCUGGGUGUGACCCUACUAGAAGUCGCUCAGCAUCGUUUCCCUUUCCCGGCCGAUGGGACCGAAAUGCAGCCACGCGCCGGAUUAAUUGAUUUGUUGACCUACAUUGUCCGCCAACCGAUCCCCAAAUUGAAAGACGAACCGGGCAACAAGAUUCGGUGGUCGGACAACUUCAAGUAUUUCAUUGAGUGCUGUCUGGAAAAGGAACCUCCACGAAGAGCGACUCCCUGGCGGAUGCUGGAACAUCCCUGGAUGCUUGACAUGAGAAAUAAAAAGGUCAACAUGGCCAACUUCGUGAAGCAAGUAUGGGAUUGGAAUGAGUAG